AUGCAUUCUGUUAAUUUACUCAUUCUGAUCAUUUUUCUGCCUGUUGUGCACUCUAACCCCUUCCCGACCCUCCCACCCUUUUCCACAGUCUCGCCAGAAACCGCGAAUGCUUACCUGCGGUCGUUUUUGCCAUGGUGGCCAAACGAAACUGAUUUCACUUUAAAAUCGGCACCCAUACCUCCGGAGUCAGGAAACUCGACAGACAACUCGACAGACAACUCGACAGCCAACUCAACAGAGAUUAUCGAAACGUCUCUGGGGGCGACAGAUGAGUAUGAAAACAAGACGAGUACAGACACUGGUGAAGAGGAACUCGAUCCUUCGAUGCUCCGUGUUCAAGACGUUCCAUCCUCUCCAUUAGAUGAAUUCUCUCCAGAAAACGCGCCGAAGAACUUCAUUAGUGACAGCAUCAAUCAUCACGAUGGGAACUUUAUUAUCAAUUUCGAUGAAAUGGGAGACUGUCCACGUGACUGUUCGAGUGAUUUGCGAGAAGCAUUGGGAAUAGUGCUUAAAGACAUGAGCCACGUUGAGCGAUAUCAUCAAAUUUGCGAUAAAUACCUGAAUGCCAGUGCAUGCGUCAACGAAGAUAUCAGAUGCGACAAAGACGACCGCGGAAUGUUCGAGGUGAUGACAAGUGGCCUCCACUACAUGUGCGUUGAGCAGGAGCUUGCUUUCAAUGCAACCAUAAAGUGUAUCGACGAUGAGGCGGGACUCGUGCAAUCAGAGUGUGACGCUCAAUGUCAAACGAAGAAUCUGUUCAUGAAUUGGAUGAUGAGAACGGCCAUGGCAGAUACCAUUCAACAAGGUGUGAGCGGCAUCGUCGGAGCGGCAACAGGCACCAACCCUAACCCACUUGGUUUCUUGCAAAAUGGGGCAGCUGGUGGAGCACCAACUGGAUGGGCUGAUAUCCUUGCACAACGACCACCUAGCGCACAAGAUGCUCAGCAAGGUUUCGAGAACUUUCGACAGUUCACCAAUGAUUUGUGCAGAAUCGGCGAUUGUAUGCUUGAUUGUAUUCGUUCGAAGUUCAAUACCCGAUGUGAAGGAUCCGCCGGCACACUUCUUUCGGAAGUUUUUGUUCGCCCGAUAGCUGCUAGUCAGAAUAAGUUGUCAAUUCUUCGUCCCGUGCUCGGAUCUUUCAUGCCAGAGCAGUGUAAUUAUCUUCACAAUAACGCUGACCUGAAAAAGCAUAGAAUUGACUCUACCAUGGACGAGGAGCUGAAGCGAAUGUAUGCCGAAAAGAUGGCGAAAGAAAUUCGAGACAGAACGACACAAGACGAGUUGCUUUCCAAUUUGGUUCCACUUGAUGAGAACGGUGUUCCACUGCCACGAGCUCUUCCGGAAUUGAAAUCGAUUGACUCUCCCUUGGAUGUGAGUGUAAAGACACUGGAUCAGCUGAUUCUCGAAAUGUAUAGCAAAAACGAAACGAAGCCUGUGAGCAUUUCUGAUAAAAAGAAUGCGGAAGCAACGUCUGCCGAACCUGAAAAGGUAGAAUCCGUCGUCAAUAAAACUGUAGAGACAACGACUGCGAAAACUGUUAGCAAUGUAACUUACGAAACAACGACUGAGAAGACUGUUAGCAAUGCAACUUACGAAACAACGACUAUCAAAGACGAAUACGUAGCGAAAACUACUCCCGAAUCUUCUGGAGAAGUGUCUUUGGAUGAUACAGCGAGCGGAAACUUCACCGAAGCGUCUGGCGAAGGAUCUUCAGAGGAAGAUUAUUCAGGAUCGUCAGGAGAAGCUUCGGGAGACUACGAGUCUUCAGGAUCAACGAGAGAAGCAUCUGGUGACGAUUUAUUGACUGACAAUGAGGCGUCAGGUGAAGGGUAUUCAGGAGAAACAGAUUCAUCAGGAGAAAAGUUCGAUGCGGCAUUCGAAUCGUCAGGACGUCGUCAGACUGAUAAUUAUUCUGAAGCUUCUGGAGAGGAAACAAGCGGAGAAGGGUAUUCUGAAUCAUCAGGAGAAGGAUCUGGAGAGUAUGAAUCGUCAGGACAGGAGGUUCUACCGUUGACGCGUUCAGACGACAUGUACAAAAUUUGA